AUCAUUUGGUGUCAGUGAAGCUCAGUGAUGUUUUGUUGCUAUAGUAACAGCACGCAGAGCUCGAAUUUGCUUUACUUAAAACCCGCAGGUAUUAAAAGAGCAUCAGAUUAUACACCGGAUAACCUUCCACACAAACUACGGGUUACACAACAGUUUCAGUUUCCUGUCAUUCAAACCUUAAGGAAAAAAAAAACAAAUUUCUGCUGAGACAGCAAGGUAUAUGUUAUAUUGACAGUGUUUAAACACUAAACCAAUUCAUAGUAAGACACUUAAACAUAUCUUGAUGUGCUAGUCCAGACUCAAACGCGUGUGAAAUCUUUAUUCAUCUUAAUGAUACAAUAAAAUAAACCUCCUGUGUGAUCGAGGGAGAGAGACCUUGAAGAUUGAAAUGUAUAUAUACGAUUAGUUUAUGACAAGUUUAGAACAGAGCCAUAUUCAGUUUAAUAUAUGCCAGAAGAUAGCAUACAAAGGUUAUUUAAUAGAUGACUCGUUUUACAAUGUGCAGUUAUGCUGAGCACGCUUGACUCGUAGAUAAAUAACCCCGAUGACCUGCACGAAACUACUAGCUAACCCGUCAAAGAGACAGUGAGCGAAAAGCACCCGGAUAGCUCCGGUCUUAAACUCAGUGUUUCUUAGUAAAACAAACUCGUGUUCGUCCGAUGAUCUGAUGCGGGUCUGAUAUGCUGAAUGCACGGAAAGUGCUCAGUCAUGAUCGGUAACGCGAGAGCAGGUGAUGAAGUUUGUACGUGACAAAGUGUGCAGAUAAACACACCUGCCGCGGUAUCACCUGACACCCAUUCUUUUCCAUCAUCAGCAUCAUCAUCAUAAUCAACAUCCUCGCUGUUUGUACGGAAUAACGCGCGACUAUGGGACGCUACAGCGGAAAAACAUGUCGCCUGAUUUUUAUGCUCGUCAUCACCGUGAUCUUCUUCGUGGCAGAGAUCGUGGCGGGAUACGUGGGCAACUCCAUCGCGCUGGUAUCGGACUCAUUUAACAUGCUGUCGGACAUUCUGUCAUUGUGCGUCGGCCUGACGGCGGCGCGGGUGGCGCGUCGCGCCGGCUCUGGUCGCAGCACGUACGGGCUCGGGCGGGCGGAGGUGGUCGGCGCGUUGGCAAACGCGGUGUUCUUGGCCGCGCUCUGCUUUUCCAUCUCAAUGGAGGCGCUGAAGAGGCUCGCGCGCCCCGAGGCCAUCGAUGACCCGUUGCUGGUGCUGAUCGUGGGCUCGUUGGGUCUAGCCGUGAAUCUGGUGGGUCUGGUGAUCUUCCAGGACUGCCGCUGGCUGUGCGCAAAGCGAGAGAAAGACGCGCCGGACAAGAAAAGCCCGGAUGCAGAGGAAGCAGGCAGCCUGGCUGACCAAACCGCUUCUAAUGAUGAGGAGAAGUCUCAGAAUGACGGACCUCCUCUUAACAUAAGAGGUGUCUUGCUUCACGUGUUAAAUGAUGCCCUGGGGUCAGUCGUGGUGGUUGUGGCUUCAGCUUUGUUCUAUGUGAGGCCCCUGGGGCCCGAUACCCCGUGUAACUGGCAGUGUUACGUAGAUCCGAGUCUAACGCUCAUUAUGGUGGCCAUCAUUAUGUCAUCAGCUGUUCCACUGGUUAAAGAAACCACAGGAAUACUGCUUCAGAUGUGCCCGGCCGACCUGCCUCUGACCGCUGUCUUGCAGAAGGUUUGCAAAAUCACCAGAGUUGUGAGUAUACACGAUGUCCAUGUGUGGGAGUUGACCAAAGGACGUAAUGUGGCUACCCUGCAUGUCAAAGUCUCUACUGACCACCACGAUCCGUCCUGGGGAACAAACGGUAUAUUGAAACUUCACACAGAGAUUCUCGAAAUCUUCCAUCGUGCUGGAGUUCACAGUGUGACCGUUCAGUUUGAGCCCAUUGAAGGAGAGCAGGACGGAGGGCAUUGCAGCGCCCCCUGUCUGUCCCCAGCCUGCAUGAAACUUUCCUGCUGUCCUACCGGAGCCUCCUCUGUGUCUGUUUUUCACGGAAGGCCAUCCUCACCCUCUGGGGAUGAAGCUGUUGACAUGCUAGACGGUAGCAACGCCCUGUUGAGAGAGAAAGAGAGCAAACAUAUACCAGUCACAUGCUCUGAGAGCACAAAAUUUUAGCCUUAAAGUUUUGUUUCUUUAGGACCGUUUCACUGGAUUCUUACUCCAUUACUGAAUCCUGAUUGGUUCUCCGAAACAGACCUAUAAUGUUUCAUAGAACAAAAGAGAUUAAAUUCUGUAUUUAUUAACUUAGACACUUUGUCUGAUGUACUUCGGACUUAAAAUCUCAAUGAUGACUCUCACUACUCUUUAACCUCCUGAGAUUGACUCUCAAUAAUGACUCUAGGUCAUUUUUGUUAGCUAGUACUGUACAACAAAGGCUAAUGGUUUGAAUGCCAUACUGUAAAUAUUGAAUUAUGAUUUGCUUAUCUUUUAUUAGAGUUAUUAAAACCUAUAUUUCUUAAGUGUGACAACCAUAUUGCCUUUUGAAAUUUUAAAAUCUUUUUUCAUAGAAAGUAUAUUUUUUUCCCUUUUA